UGAAGAAGAAGAGACGUAUGUGAGGGAUGAUCAGCGAUAUACAGAGGAGGCCGGGAUGAUGAGGACAACCAUAGAGGGGGAUGGAAUGAUGAGGACAUUCAUAGGGGAGGAUGGAAUGACCAGGACAUUCAUAGCGGAGGAUGGAAUGAUGAGGACAAUGAGCUCAGCUAUGGAUGGUGGACUUCACAGUGUGGAUAGACCAUGGAAUCCUGCUGAGAGGCCUCAUUCCUGUCCUCAGUGUGGGAAAUGUUUUCUUCAUAAAACAGCCCUCACCAUACAUUACAGAUCUCACUCGGGGGAAAAGCCGUAUUCCUGUCCCGACUGUGGGAAGUGUUUUUCGCAGAAGUCCCACCUUUCCACACACCAGAGAUUACACACGGGCGAGAAGCCGUUUUCCUGCACUGAGUGCGGGAAACGCUUUCUUCGUAAGUCCAAACUGGAGAUACAUUACAGGUCUCACACAGGGGAGAAACUGUAUUCCUGCCCUGAGUGCGAUAAAUCUUAUUCGGACAAGGCCCAGCUCUCUGUACAUCAGAGAUUGCAUACAGGCGAGAAGCCGUAUUCCUGCCCCGAGUGUGGGAAACGUUUUUCAGAGAAGUCCCAUCUUAACACACAUCAGAGGUCUCACACGGGCGAGAAGCCGUAUUCCUGUUCUGAGUGUGGGAAAGGUUUUCCACAGAAAUCUGAACUUGUCAAACAUCAGAGAUCUCACACAGGGGAGAAGCCGUAUUUCUGCUCUGAUUGCGGGAAGUGUUUUUCACAGAAGUCCCACCUUUCCAGACAUCAGAGAUUGCACACAGGCGAGAAGCCAUAUUCCUGUCCUGAGUGUGGGAAAAGUUUUACACAGAAGUCCAAUCUUACUUUACAUCAAAGAGUGCACACAGGGGAGAAGCCGUACUCCUGCCCUGAGUGCGGGAAAGGUUUUGCAGAUAAGGCCAAGCUUUCUAGACAUCAGAGGUUGCACACAGGUGAGAAGCCAUAUUCCUGUCCUGAGUGUGGGAAAAGUUUUUUGCAGAAGGCCAAUCUUUCUGUCCAUCAGAGAGUGCACACGGGCGAGAAGCCGUAUUCCUGCCCUGAUUGUGGAAAAUGCUAUGCUCAGAAAUCAGAUCUUAUUAAACAUCAAAGAUCUCACACAGUGGAAGAAAUCAUACUGCUUCCCUGACUGCGGGAAUUUGUUUCAAGAGGACCCACGUUUAGAUGAUUGCACACAGGU